UGCUGAUGCUGAUGCUGUGAAUUCUUAUUUUUAACACUGUUGCAGAGAUCCGUGAUUCUUUCUCUUUAAAAUGACUGACCCAUCACAUAAGCAUGAAACUCUUUUUUCAUUUGAGUUCCUUGUGGAGUAUGUAAGACUCGAAACGGGCUCAUUAAGAAGUUGGACACCAGCUGUCGGUGUGAGACUGUUGGAUUUCCCAACCCUGGUGACAUACCAAUCGGACAUCCAGCAACAAACUGAUGGGAAGUGGACAAGAACGGACGUGGAUAAUUAUAAUGAAGCUUACUUUCAGAAAGGCAAGUCCUGUUUGUUUAAAAUUAACUUCGUAUUUCUUCAUAAACAUUUGUCCUGCACUCCUCUUUAUGCGAUGGUCAUGGAUGUUGGACAUGACACCCCGAAACUGAUCGGAAGUUCCCUCAUCUCGCUGGCAAGAUUGGUGGAUCAAAUCCAAGCAGACGUGGAGGCAUAUGGCAUCAGCACUCCCUCCUCUCGUGGAGAACGAGGGGUGCACGACCUGUGCAAUCUCAUGGGGAAGAAAAUUGGACAGAUUUCCAUAGCCUGCAAACUUGUGAGUUUAGGUGGGAGUUUAAUUCCUCAUAUUCCAGAAUGUGGAAUCCACAGUGUUGGGACCACGUUGGCACAUGAGACUGAAAUGACAGAAACUGUUGAGAUACCCGCUGAGGCUGUCAGAGAGAGUGCUGGAGUGAUGCCUCUUGAGGUGGAAAGUUCCUCCCCUGUCCCUGCCCCUACCCCUACCCCUGUCCACAUUAUUUGUCAGACGGUGCAGUUGGAAGGGCAAACGAAGGAUUUAGUGGUGUCUGAGGCCGUUCACAUACCAGUUGCCUCAGCAAGCACCCAGACAGAGCCCACCCAAACACAAAAAAGAAUUAGGAAACUCCAAAUAGCUGAAAUGAAAUAUGAGGAGGAGACAUAUCAAGAACCAACACUCUUUUGUCCUCCACCCAUGUUUUAUAGUGCCUCUAUGCAAAAGGAAGAUGAUGGUGAAAAGAAUAUUGAAAGGCCAAAUACAGGAACAGACUGCCUAACAUUGGCAGACCUGAACACCCACAAUGAGUCAUUGGAUUCGGAACUUUCUCCCACCCAGGAGCAGAGGGAAGGUGGGACUAUUGAGAACUCUACCACAGGUAGCCGAAUACCGCCACAGCCACCUGGUCAGUUUAACCUUGGCAAUGGAGAUGCCAUAAGACAGCUGCCUUUACUAAAUGCUCUGUUGGUAGAGCUUUCUCUAUUGAAUGGACAAAGCCAGCAGCAGCAACCUCUACCCAUUCAUCCUAGUUUAGCUUGGAUUUAUGCAUCACCAGCAGGGCCCGCACGUCCUCCAGUCACUGACAGCAUAACAUCUGAAAGACAGACAAAUUACACAUCACCUCCGAGGAAAGCACGCCAGUCCUCCUCCCCAAGGCACGGGUGCAGUGAGCAAUGUGCCAAGUCUCUGGCUCCCAACUCCCAAUCUAGGUCGCAAAGAAAAGCCAAGACUCACAAGCAUUCACAGCCAAAUCCAGAAAAGACAAAGAGAAAGUUAAAAUAUGGCCUAACACACACAUAUCGCCUUAGACUGCAGAGACUGAGCUCGGAUCUACCAAAACCAAGAGAGUGUAGGCAACUCAUACACUCACAAGAGACCAAACUUGACAAACACAAAAACAGGGUCUUCCACUCAACCAGUUCAACCAGUAUGCUGAACACUAGUCUCCAUUUAGAUGACAAUAUUGAAACAUUAGUUUGUGGCAUUAAUGUAGAUUCUUCACAAGAAAGCUCUCAACCAAAAUCUGCAAACAGGCUAAAUAUGUCUUUCCUAUCUAGUGGUAACGGUAGUAUUUCUGGCCAUAAAGCUACAUCGACUCCCAGGCUCACUGUGAAAAAGAACCCAGUGCAUUUCGUGCAGGACAAAGACUUAGCCAUCCGAAUUCCUAGUGCCUUGAGUCAGCAUAGUGGUUCUGAGACAUCCCACCAUAGGCACACCCCCAGCCCCAACCUCUCUGAACACACGCCAAAAGCACACUCUGUCAUCACCAGCAACAUCGAGAAGGAGAAGAAAGAGGAGGAGGAGGAGGAGAGUAACCAAGGAGACGAGAGAUGGAGCAGCCCUGCUUCGUGUCUCUCUGGCUCAGGCAGUGGGAGCGAGGAGGAGUGCGAGGAGGUCGACUAUCUGGAUGACUUCACCAGUCUGGACCCCUCAGAUGGCUACUCUCCAGACCCCCUGGGCAGCCCUGAACCCAGGAUGACCAGAGUGCACAGCGAUUCCUCCAGCCUGGACGACGAUGACUCAGUCAGAAAAGCAUCCUCAUCAGCAGCUCCAGCUCCAGCUCCACUCCCCACUCCAGUCAAGGCGGCCACGUCUCCCAAACGCUCCCUCAAAGGAACCCAUCUGAUCCGGCAGUCCACGCGCGGCUCGGGGGUCGUGGGCAGUGUGUCCUCCGACUGGGACGAGGUGAGGUCGGCGUAUACCCCAUCUGCUCUCUCCAGACACAGCCUGGUCAGGUCCUCUCACGGGUCUCAGGGCAGCGAGCUGCUGGUGGCCUCCAUGUUGAGAAGUGCCACCACAAGGGGCACGACUGGGGAGAAACGAGAUCCUGGCGCUAAUGAUGAUGACUAUGACCAUGUCACACAGUCCAGAGGUUACUCCGAGGAUUCGUUUGUGCACCACAUGGACCCUGACCCUGAGCCUGAGUCAUCGUCUCUCAUGGAUCUCAAUGAUGAGGAGCAUGACGAACUUGGUACCCUCGGACUCACUAAAAAAUACCAGCACAUAUCAGACCUCAUGGCGAAAAAACUCCCUGGUUACACACUAUGAAUAAAAUUAUGUUUAUUGUGUGAAAUAAAACCUUGUGUUCUAGAGA